AUGGCAACUUUAUGGAAUGACACAGAUGAUACUAGUAUGCGUAAUCCUACCUAUAAUACCCAGGAGACUUCUACCACUUCUCUUAUCUCUAAUGACCAGAAGACUGACAAACUAAAAAUGUACCGUUAUUAUUGGUGGAAAACUGGUAACAUGCAUUCAAAGGCCAAAUGGGAAGAAGCAACUUUACCAUACGAGCUUGCUACUGAUAUCACCUAUGAUACUUAUGUUGAACAAACGGGUAAACACAAUAUUCGUGGCUUUUGGGAAUGGGAAAACGAGACAGUUCGUGUAAUUGAACCUCCCUCAGAAUUUCAUGAAUCCUGUGUCUGUGCUAUCGCCAGCGAAAUUAAUGAGGCAACUUUUGUCAUGAAGGGCACUAAUACAGCUAUUCUUUCUUUAGGAGCUACAACAACAAGAUCACAUGGAGUAGCUAAAGAAGCGGAUGCAUCUACACCACUUGCAAAAACCUCAUGUGAAUAG